GAAAGUGAAAGUGUGGUUGAGCUGUUGUGUGUUUGUGUCUCUGUAUUCAUGCAGUAAAAUGGCAGAAGCCAGAGUUUCUCAGGAUGAGUUCUUGUGUGCAGUGUGUCUGGAUCUCCUGAAGGAUCCAGUGACGAUCCACUGUGGACACAGUUACUGUAAGAGCUGUAUUACAGACUGCUGGGAUCAGGAGGAUCAGAUGAGAGUCUACAGUUGCCCUCAGUGCAGACAGACCUUCAGUCCAAGACCUGCUUUAGCUAGAAACACCAUGCUGGCUGAAGUGGUGGAGAAACUGAAGAAGACCAAACUCUCUGCUGACUGUGACGCUGGAGCUGGAGAUGUGCUGUGUGACGUCUGUACUGGAAGAAAAUACAAAGCCGUCAAGUCAUGUCUGGUGUGUCAGGAAUCUUACUGUCAAACUCAUUUUGAGCGUCAUGAGGAGUUUCAUUCACGUAAGCCACACAAAGUGACUGAUGCCACUGGACGACUGCAGGAGAUGAUCUGCCAGAAACAUGAGAAGCUCCUUGAGGUUUUCUGUUGCACUGAUCAGAAAUGUAUAUGUGUGCUGUGUUCGAUUACUGAACAUAAAAACCAUGACAUUGUAUCAGCUGCAGCACAGAGGACAGAGAAACAGCACCAGCUGAUGGAGACGCAGAAGACGCUCCAGCAGAGAAUCCAGCAGAGAGAGAAAGAUCUUCAGCAGCUGAGAGAGGCUGUGGAGUCUCAUAAGCGCUCUGCACAGACAGCAGUGGAGGACAGUGAGAGGAUCUUUACUGAGCUCAUCCGCUCCAUUGAGAGAAGCCGCUCUGAGCUGAUACAGCUGAUCAGAGAUCAGGAAAAGCAAGCAGUGAGUCCAGCUGAAGGACGACUGGAGCGACUGGAGCAGGAGAUCAAUGAUCUGAGGAGGAGAGACGCUGAGCUGGAGCAGCUUUCACACACACAGGAUCACAUCCAGUUCCUGCAGAGUUUCCAGUCUCUCUCAGCACCUCCUAAAUCUAUAGAUGUAAAUGACGAUCCCUUCAGUUCUCUCUUCUCUUUUGACGGCCUCAGAGAAUCUGUUCAUCAGCUUAAAGAAAAACUGGAGGAUUUCUGCAAAGAGAAGCUCAAGAAGAUCUCAGACAGAGUCACGUUUAUCUACAUUGUUCUCUGGACCAGGAACGACUUCCUACAAUAUUCCCAAUGGCUGACUCUGGAUCUGAACACAGUGAAUAAAUUCCUCCUUCUGUCUGAGAACAACGGAGUGAUUACUGACACUCACAUAGAUCAGUCGUAUCCUGAUCAUCCAGACAGAUUUGAUUAUUGGCCUCAGGUGUUGUGUAGAGAGAGUGUGUGUGGACGCUGUUACUGGGAGCUGGAGUGGAGUGGAGAUGAUGGUGUGGAGAUAUCAGUGUCAUAUAAGAGCAUCAGCAGGAAGGGACAGGUUUAUGAGUGUAGGUUUGGAUAUAAUGAUCAGUCCUGGAGUUUGUUCUGCUCUCGCUCCAGAUACUCAUUCAGACACAAUAACAUAGUGACUCGUCUCCCUGUAAAGUCCAUCAUCAGGAGAAUAGGAGUGUUUGUGGAUCACGGUGCAGGAACUCUGUCCUUCUACAGCGUCUCUGACACAAUGAGCCUCAUCCACACAGUCCAGACCACAUUCACUCAGCCGCUCUAUCCUGGGUUUAGGGUUUAUUAUAAAUCAUCAUUGAAACUGUGUUGAUGAAUCAGAAUAGAUUGAUGAGAGAUUCUACCCAUAAUGGUUUGAGCUGCAUGAUAAAUCAGUAAUAGUCAGUUCCCGUGUUCCUAGUUUUCUAGUUUUUGUCCCUGGACUGUUUCCUUGUUUUUUGAUUGUUUGCUACCUGCUCUGACCCUUGCCUGUGUUUUGGAUUACUCUUUUGCCUGUGCCUUGGAUAUUACUGUUUUGCUGGUUCAGCCUGCCUGUCUGAAUACGUUCUAUAAUAAAGCUUUGCAUUUGGAUCUCCAACUCCGUUGUCACUCCUCCCACACAUUACAGAACAGUCCAAGAUCAUGAAGGCAAGGAAACUAGGAAACUCUGAGAACUAUGAAACUCGGAAAACAAGACACACAUGGCAAGAGUCCUGAGUGGAGUGCCCUCUAAUGGAGUUCAUGGGCACUCCAGCUGGCGAUCGUAACCCCCACUUAGUAAAACCCUUCACUCAUAUACCUAAUCUUUAGAUCAAAUCUGCAAAACUACAUGCACAUUACAUGCUUUAAAUUCAGUUUGAUACUGUACAACAAACGUUUUGCAAAAGUCUAAACACAGUUCUCUACUUUACACACAUCACUUAAAACUAACAGCAAUUUUUGUUUCAUUUGGGAAACACUGACAUUUACCUUUUUUUCAGCUGCUUACACACGUUUUCAAAACUUUGCCUCUUUUUUUUCAAAACUUUACACACAAAUCCAAGAAUUGCACACACAAAAUGUAAAAUGCCUCACAUCUCUUGCAAAAUGAAGUAAUGCAUUCAAAAUAUCACAAACAGAUCUCAAAAGUAAAAAGUGUUCUUAUGUUGCAAACACCUUUACCAUAAUAUUAUAUUUUUGGAUAUAUCAUAUACACAGUUAUUCAAAACCUAAAGCUCUUCUUUCAUGAGCUCCUAUGGACAUUUCUGUACAAGAUUGAAAGUAAUUGGCAGAGAUAUAUUGAAAAAUUCACAGUAAACACGAUAGCAAGAUUGAAACCAAACAUUUUAACUGUAAGCAUUUGUGGUUGUGAAUACAGCAAAGAAAUACAUCAAGCAUGUGUAGUUGUGUAGAUGUGUGUUUAUAGGCCAUGUUCUAAACCCAUGAUUUGUUGGUGUUCAGUGAAGCACAUGUUUAGUGUGAGGCGCUGAUGAAUUAGUGUGACAUUCUGAUUGGUUGUGUUUGAAAAAAGAAAUCAAGUUACUUCCUGCUAGAUUUUUGUGUGUUACAUAGAGAAUUGUGUGUUGUGUUUUGCAAAAAGCGUUUAAUGAAAUUGAAAAAAAGUCAAAGGCUGAGAAUUAAGCCCAAUUUAUACUUCUGCGUCGAACCUACGCUGUAGGUUACGCCGCAGCUCUGUGUAGUACUGCGUAUCCUACGCCAUAGCCUGAUGUGCACCUCUCCAAAAUUCUAACAGCGUGUCAAUUCUACGCGGAACGCAAGCGCUGUGAUUGGUCUGCUAGAACAUCUCCCUCCGUAUGUACAUGAUUUGUGUGUGUAUUUAUGUGCACGUUAAUAGAUUUUAAUGUGUUACACAAGCAACUUGCCCGUUGACACUGCAGACUAGCGGUCUGCAUGUGUACUGCACGUCGAUGCGGACAACGACGCAGAAGUAUAAAUGAAAACCGACAUAUAGCCUACGGCGUAAAGGCUACGGCGUAGGCCCGAUGUAGAAGUAUAAAUCAGCCUUUAGUGUAUAGUUUUGCAGAUUUGGUGUGUGUUUCUGCUGUUUGAGUGUCAGCUUUCAGAAAUUGUGUGACAAGUAAAGAUUUUGUGUGUAAGCAGUUGAAAAACAAAAAAUCUGUAAAUGCCGUAACACUUUAUUUUGAUGGUCCCUUUUGAACAUUCUGUUAAUAACGCUGCACCUACAUGUCAACAAACUCUCAUAAGAGUAUUAGUAGACUGUCUGCUUCACAUCUACUAACUCUUUAUUGUGAUGGUCUCCCAACAGAUAUUCUACUGACUAUAAGUAACUUUGCAAGUAAAUGUCAACUUAUUCUAACCCUAACCCUACCAGUAUUCUACUAACACUAUAUGAGAGUUAGAAGAUAUGUAGGUGCAACAUUACUUAUAGUUAAGACAAUGUGUUAAAGCGGCCAUCCAUCUAUCUAUCUAUCUAUCUAUCUAUCUAUCUAUCUACCCUAAAUAUGCAUAGAAGCCAAGUCAGAAAGUCAACUUUAUUUCUAAAGUGCUUUUAUUCAAUCUACAGUGGGGGAAAACAAUUGUUUGAUCCCCUGCUGAUUUUGUAUACGUUUGCCCACUGACAAAGAAAUGAUCAGUCUAUAAUAUUAAUGGUAGGUUUAUUUGAACAGUGAGAGACAGAAUAACAACAACAACAACAACAACAACAAAAAAACACAUUUUAAAAAAAGUAAUAAAUUGAUUUGCAAUUCAAUGAGUCAAAUAAAUAUUUGACCCCUUCGCAAAACAUGACUUAGUACUUGGUGGCAAAACCCUUGUUGGCAAUCACAGAGGUCAGACGGUUCUUGUAGUUGGUCACCAGGUUUGCACACAUCUCAGGAGGGAUUUUGUCCCACUCCUCUUUGCAGAUCCUCUCCAAGUCAUUGAGGUUUCGAGGAUGACAUUUGGCAACUCGAACCUUCAGCUCCCUCCACAGAUUUUCUAUGGGAUUAAGGUCUGGUGACUGGCUCUGCCACUUUAAAUAGUUUAUUA